AUGGAUACAUCUAUUAUUGAUUUACCAGUAAUGAAAUGGUUUGGUAAAUUAUUAGAUCAUCAUGAUUGGACCGAACAAUAUUUAGAGGAUACUAAUCCUGCAUGUCAUCAAGAUAUUGUUACAUAUUUAACAAAUUUAAAAAAUGGUACUACAUGGGCAAUCAAAAUGAACGAUGCAUCUGGUCGUUAUAAUGGACAAUUCUUUUUUGGAAAUGAUUUUUGGUUGGGUUCAAAAACAUUAUGUUAUGAAUUACAGAAUGAAUAUUAUAAUUUAUUUAUACCACCAUUCGAGGCACAUUUUUAUAUGACAAAAUUACGAAUGCAUUUGAAUGAAAUUACACCAAAUGCACGUUUUAUAUCAUUGGGAUUAUGUUUACCAAAAGCAUGUACUGUAAAGGAUAUACGCUCAAUUUUACAAAAACAUAUUGUUGAGUCCACAAGUUUAUUAACAUCCACGUCACUGGAAUUGUUAAGUGUACGUCCAGUACCUGGUGAAUUUAAUCCAUACGAUCAUGUUUCAUUUUAUAUUGCUGUAAUAAGUACCAUAAUUGUGACAAUAUUAGUAUUAACAUCCUCAUGUUACGAAUGGCUAUUAAAUCGACGUAUUGCAACAAUAAAACAACAACAAAAAUAUACAAUAAAUAUUGAAAACAAUAAUGAACAUAAUAAUAACAACAAUGGUGCUGAUAUUAGCAAUGGGACAACAAUACACACAAACAACAACAACAAUAAUAAUAAUACAAUUAAUUUAGUUUUAAUGAAAAAACAACAUAAACAAGCAGCAACAACAGCAUCCACCGAACAUAGAAUAUCAAUGGUACAUCAACAACAUUAUCCACCAACAACAAAUCAUGAUAAUGGAAAUGCUGGCGAUGGUAAUGGAAUGACAACGAAUGCAAAUGCAAAUAACAAUAAUAAUAAUAAUUCAACAGGUUUUCUCUCACAGUUAUUAUUAUGUUUUUCGGCAAUAUCAAAUGGGAAAAAAAUUCUAUCAUUUGAGAAACCAUCUGGUGAUGCUAUUACAUGUAUACAUGGUCUACGUUUCCUGUCCUUAUGUUGGGUGAUCAUGGUUCAUACAUAUUUAAGUGUAUUUCAACAUGCGACAAAUAAAACAUUACGGAGCAUUACUGAACGUUACUUUUUAUUUCAAACAAUAUCAAAUGCAACAUUCUCUGUCGAUACAUUCUUCUUUAUUAGUGGUCUACUCUUAUCAAUCUUAUACUACCGUUCCGAGGAAAAGAAACAACAAAAGAAAAAAGAAAAACUCUCAACAACAAUUGAUAACAAUAAUAGUGUUGCUGGUAGUAUACCAUCAACAAUAAAUGGUACAACAAUAUUAAAUCCAAGUACAGCUGCUGCCACAUUAAUAACCGAUUCACAAUUAGAGAAAGUACCAACAUUUGCACAAAUUUUACAUACAAACACAUUAAAAUUCUUCACUUUAUUAUUUUAUCGUUUCAUACGUUUAACACCCGUUUAUAUGUUUAUAUUAACAAUAAAUGAUAUUAUAAUUAAAUGGGGUGCAAAUAAUAGUGUAUUUGAUUAUGCAAUUAUUUAUGAUAUUAAUAAUUGUGAUCAAUAUUGGUGGCGUAAUUUAGUUUAUGUUAAUAAUUUGUAUCCGUUGAGUGAGAUGUGCAUGAUAUGGAGUUGGUACAUGGCAAAUGAUACACAAUUUUAUGUAAUUGGAAUUAUAUUAUUGUUGGUGUCCUUACGAUCCAUGAAAUUUGCAAUUGGAAUGUUACUUACAUUUAUGGUCAGUGCAUGGAUAACAACUUAUGCAAUCGCCAAUUAUUUUAAUUACCAUGCCCGUAUUGAGGCACCUUUUGAUUUAUUCAAUGAAUUAUAUGAGAAACCAUGGACACGGCUUGGACCAUAUUUAAUUGGAAUGAUUACCGGUUGGAUACUCUUCAAAAUUAAUGUUAAAAUGCAAAUACCACGAAUUGUUGCAUUAUUGUGUUGGAUGUUAUCCUUAGGUUGUCUGGCAAGUUUGGUUUAUGGAUUAGGGAGUACAGGAUUACGAACACCAUAUUCAUCGCUUUAUGUAUCAUUAGGUCAUACCGCAUGGGCUAUAUGUUUAGCAUGGAUGACUGUCGCAUGUAGUACAGGAUAUGGUGGCCCAAUAAACGCCUUAUUGUCAUUCCGUGGAAUGUUACCCUUGAGUCGAUUAACAUACUGCGCAUACUUAAUUCAUCCCAUUAUACUAUCCUUAAGUGGAAACCAACGUGAUGGACCUGUGCAUUUACAUAAUUUAAGUGUGUUUGUUAUAGUUUGUGGAAAUGCUGUUGCCUCGUUUCUAUGUUCUUUAGUAGUAUCAUUGGCUUUUGAAGCACCAAUUGUAAGGGUACUACAUCUGAUUGUGGAUGGUCCAAAACCAAAAACAGUGUAA